GUGAUAUGUCCCUGGAGCGAGUCCCGCUGGGUGACAGUUUUUCAAACAGACAUCAUGGAUCAGGUAAUGCAGUUUUUUGAGCCCAGUCAGCAGUUUGUGAAGGACUCAAUUUGCCUGGUUAAAAGAUUCACCAAACCUGAUAGAAAAGAAUUCCAGAAGAUUGCAAUGGCAACAGCAAUAGGAUUUGCUAUAAUGGGAUUUAUUGGCUUUUUUGUGAAACUGAUCCAUAUCCCUAUUAAUAACAUCAUUGUUGGUGGCUGAAUACCUUUACAGAAGAAUGUUUUUCAUCUUGGAGACUGGUGAAGAUAUGAGACUUGGAGUAAAAAUUUGCCUAUAUAUUUUGUUUUUCCCUUUUUGUUCUUCCAAGGUGUUUUCUAUGUCUAAAUUAAAAUAAUUUCAAAAUAAAAAAAUAAAAAUAAAAGAAA